AUGGCCGCCCUCUUCGCCGGGCGGGUGCUGCUGACCGACCGGCAGCGGGAGCGGUUGGAUUCGGAGCGGGAGCUGAGCCGGGCGCUGGACAACCGGGUGCUGCUGCUCUACUUCGGCCGGGCGCGCUGCCCGCGCUGCCGCCGCUUCGUCCCGCUGCUCCGCCGGUUCUUCGUGCGCUUGACAGACCCACGGCACGUGGUGCGCGCCGCGCAGCUGGCGCUGCUCUACGUCUCGUGCGAUGGGAGCGAGGAAGAGCAGGGAGCCUUCCUCCGCACCCUGCCGCGCCGCUGCCUGGCACUGCCCUUCGCGGACGCCUUCAAACGGGAGCUGGAGCUGCGCUUCGCCGUGGCCGAGGUGCCCACCGUGGUGGUGCUGAAGCCCUCUGGGGAGGUGAUCACCGCCAACGCCGUGGAGGAGAUCCAGCGCGCCGGUCCCGCUUGCUUCCAAAACUGGCAGGAGGCUGCUGAGCUGGUGGAUCGCAAUUUUCUCUUGGCAGAGGAUUUUGACAACUGGAGCAGGAGAAGCAUCACCGAUCCCAUCCGCCGCCUCAAGUACAAGGUGGACGAGAAGGAGGAGGAGGAGGAGGAGGAGGAAGGCGAAGAGUUGUCUUAGCUCCGGGCUGAAGUGGCCGGGAACAUCCCUUGGGCCACCAUCCCUGCCUGGGAUCUCCAGAACCUUAGAAGUCCACAAAACCCACGUUAAUUUUCCAAAAAGUGAAUUGUUUUAGGGCAAAAUGUGCUCUGUUCCCACUACUGCGAAAACGACAAACUGGGCAAACUGGAAUUCUGUUCCCUUUCAGUCACCUUGGGCCAUUUAUUUACCAGCAAAACCAGAAAAAAAGCAGCCGCUGGAGACCAGCACUCAGCGAACCACUGGCUAACCAGCUGAUAAAAUUGAUAGUAAAAAACUGCAUUAAUUUUUUUAUUUUUUUUUAAAUUUUGGUGAAAAAAAAAAAAAGCAAAACCAACCUGCUGUGCAGGCACAGAGAAACACCCGCAGGAAGAGAAGCCCUACGUCUCCCACCUCGUGCUGCCAUUCCACCACCGUAAAUCCACAUCCCGGAGAAAUCGACGCAAAGUGGGGGGCACUGGGGGCAGGGUCCCCACACGCUGCAGCCGCCCCAGUGACCCCGGUGACCUCCCCGAGCGCCAGCCAGCUCUUUUAUUUGCUUGUUUUCUUUUUAUCUGCUUGUUUUCUUUUUAUCUGCUUGUUUUCUUUUUGUCUGUUUUUUUAUCGCUUUUUUCUUUUUGUUGCUUUAUUCUUUUUGCCUGCUUUUUUCUUUCUGUUUUCUUUCUAUCUGCUUUUUUCUUUUUAUCGCUUUAUCUGCUUUUUCAUCUGCUUUUUUCUUUUUGUCUGCUUUUUUCUUUCUAUCCGCCUUUUCUUGUCAUCCGCUUUUUUUCUUUUUGUCACUUUUUUCUUUUUAUCUGCUUUUUUUCUUUUUGCCUGCGUUUUUUCUUUUUAUCUGCUGAGCACAGUUGCCACCUGGUGCUGCGCAGCACCUGGCACUGCAGGCAGCAGCGAUCCGCAGGGAAGCUGUGUCCCAUCCCAGAGGAAUCCCAAACCCAUCGUGGGCUGCCAGGGCAGCGCAUCCCCCGGGAACCGUCCCUCCGCUUCCUCCUUCCUGCUUCCCCAAGCCAAAUGCUUUGGGACAAAUGGUACCCAGUUUUGGUAUGCCAACAGCUGACGCUCCGCGGGCAAAAAUUGCGUUUACGAAGGAAUCCGGCUGCGCAGCAUCGUCCUGCUCCCGGUGGUCAAGGGGCUGGAAAAGUGAGGGGAGUGGAAAAGGACCAUUCAUUUGCUGGGGUUCGGUCCCCUGUUCUCCAGCAGAGGAUUCAGAAAAGCUUCGCCGGCUCCGUGAAAGACCUGGGAAGCAAAGUGUGCGUUGAGGACGGACGGAGAGGCCACGCGAGGUCGACUCCACUCAACUUGUUUUCUCAUUUAAUCCUCCCUCCCUUCGCCCAGCAGGUUGGCCAGGAGGCCGGGAAGGGGGAGAAGUCCCAUAAAAUCAGUGGUUGGGAGGGACUCUGCUUUGGGGAGAAGGCGGCGCUGCCGUUGGGAUGCUCUUGGGCGUGCGGACGCUGCAUGAAUUGGCGCAAAUAAAACCCCAAAGCGCUUUCGGGGGACGCAGCGGCUGGGGACAUGAGGCUGCACUGGCUGCUGGGCACCCAUCAAACCGUAAUUGCAUUUAAUUCAGGCAACUUCCAAAAGCUCAGGUGCCCGUAUUUAAAAAAGAAAUUAUAAAUCACACGUGAGGAACCUGGAGGCAACGGGCCACGCUGUCACCUGGGAUUAACUGGCCCCGCAGAACUCUGGUGUCGAUGGAAGGAUGCUCGGCGCCUGAAAUCAGGUCAAGUCCAGCGACGUGAAAUGGGGAUUUUUACCAGCCCUACCCCUUGGAUUGAAACUCCGUGCUGCCUGCCAGGAGCAGAAAAAAUCCCACCCAAAACCCAUUUAAACCAUUAUUUCUCCAUCUCAAAUUCCACCGGAGAUUAACCCCCCCCCCCCCCGAUGGACGCAUCGCACGGCGCUGUUAAGACGUUUUGCUCUGCUUUCACACGCGGGGCUUAUUAUUUAUGUGUCUGGGUCACAGAACGGGGGGUGUUCGGAUGCUUGGGGCAGCGUCUAAGCGCCCUUCAGUGCAGGGCAUCCAUUUCAGAUAGAUUUGUUGUUUCAAACAUGCUGCAGAAUUCUUGCUUUGCCUUUUCCCUGUGUCACACAACCUCCCUACAACGGGGCUGGCCGCUCCGUAGGAAUAAAAUGCUCCGACGCGCAUGGAAUCCCAGCGGCGGUCCGCAGGCUUCAGGCAGCAGAGGGUUAACGACAGCUGGGUAAGGAGGAUGGAUUCGAUGUGGUAGGUAGCCUGGGAUGUGAGUAAUUUCACAACGCCCAUGAGGAAUGUGGAAGAUCCACACACCCCGAGGUUGCAGACGCAUCCCACGCAGGCUGCGCAUAGCGUCGCCCGACCCAACGCCUGGAUUUACUGGUUUCACCGGCAAACACCGCGACGCUGCGGUACUUGGGCAUUUCUCACGAGAGGCGAUGGCUUUUUCCUCGUCUGUGUCUUGGCUGAGGAAGGACAAUGAAGGAGAGGGAAGACGUUCCCUACACCUAAGCCGACGGUUUUACUUGCAGAUGAUGUUAUGGUGACCAAGAGGGCGAAACGCGACGCUGGCACAUAUGGACACCAGGGGGUUGUUGUUGUUGCUGCCCAAGCCUUGCUAUGAAAAAAAUCUCCUAAAGUCAGGUUUCCGUUUGCUGGAAAAGGUGCGAAGAAACUCGACAAUUAGAACUUGCGGCGGUCAUUUCUCAGAAAACAGUGGUUGCAAAUCUCCUGCGUCAGAAAAUGAAUAAAUGGUGAGAGCAGCAGGAUUCAUCCCAUACCCUCCAUAGGUUGGGGUUUGUUUUUUUUUUAGUGUUUUGUCUGGCAUCUCCAGUUGCUGGAAAAGGUGCGAAGAAACUCGAUAAUUAAACCUUGCAUCGGUCAUUUCUCAGAAAACAUUUUUCCUGCGUCAGAAAAUGAAUAAACGCUGAGAGCAGCAGGAUUCAUCCCAUACCCUCCAUAGGGGUUUUUGGUUUGGGGGGUUUUUUUUAGUGUUUUGUCUGGCAUCUCCAGUUGCUUUCGCAGAAUGCUGCUUCUCCUCCUCUCAAAGAGCGACAGCCGUGCUCACGGGCUGCGGGGCUUUGGAGGUGUUCACCCAAAAACCUGAGAAAGAACCUCAGCCCCCCCGGACUCGGGAAGGUGCCACGGCAGGUGCUCCAGCUCACCAUGAACGGGCCGGCAACCAGGGCCAGCACCAUCCCUGGCCACCGUGCCAGCCGCGUGGACCUCGUGGCCAAUGAGGUGCUCCAUGUCACCAAACACCUGAGGAACAUCGGCAGGAAAUUGCAGAACUUCCGCGAGCUCUUCCGAAAAGGAGAAGUUACUUCAGCUUCUGUGGAAGCCAAGCUGGCAGACUUACUGCAAGCCAUCUCCUCCUUCCUGAACACGUGUCCUGCUUUGACCGGGGAUGCCAUCCAGCCUGCCGUAGCAGCCCUUAUCGCCAAUAUCGACGGUAAAUCCUAACCCUAGAGAACCUGACGAGCGCUGUAGUUGUUGCCCUGGGCUCAGUGGUGAUGGGAAGCUUUUAGGUGGGCUCAGCACAGACACAGCUGGCCGUGUGCGUGGAAAGCAACAUCAGCACCGAAGCUGAGCAGAAGUUGGUGACCGUCAAGGCUUGUUUGUAUCCAGGUCCCAUCUUUAGGGAAGACAAGGCUUUGAAAACGUAUGAAAGUGAGAUAAAGGCUUAGAGGCGAAGCUUUGCUAUCCAGGCUGGCGAUCCUGCUGGCAAAGCGUAUUCUGAUAAUAAAGACGCAUUGCGUUUGGAUGCUGAGCCCAAGGAACGGGAACACGAGGCUCUGGGGGGGCUGUUCUUGGCUCGGUUGUGUCUGUUGGAGCGAGCAGGUGCCUGGUGGGACUUCUCUCCCCGUUGAAAUCCUGUAUAACCCUGUGCAAAAUGUUUCACGUAUUUGCUUGUCGGCGCACGGCGGAGGGCGAUAACACCUCGGUUGGGCGGUUUGGAGAUGAAUCCUUGCUGCUCUUCGCAUCCCCGCUUUGCAUGUCGGUUUCUGGGAGCUCAGAUCUACUUAAAUCUAGUGGAAGCCCCUUAACCUAGUCCCAGGCUCCUCAGGAGGAAGGCGCAGUGGUUCCAGACCUUUGUCCUGGAGGUCUGAUGAGCUCCAAGAGGAAACACUGAGGGUCCCACCUCAACACGCUGCGGGUGGUCCCUACCGGAGCGGAGCCGGGACCACCUCUCGGCAGGGAGCUGGAAGGGAGGAAAGUGCUCUGACCACACCACCGCUGUCGCUCUGGUUCCUUUCCUCCCCUGCCUUCCAAAGCCUGGCCGGCGUGAAAAUAUUAUUUGCUGUGUAAAAUAGCAGCAGUGACGGAACGGGCAGUGUAAGGAGACUUCGUAGGGGUCCGCUCCUGUGUGUUGUCCCAAGGCUCUACAGUAACUUGCCAUUGUGCUUGGCCCAAAAUAGUAAUUAAAAAAAAAAAAUUCACCCCUUGGAAUGGGCUGUGCUGGAGGAGCUCAGUGUCAGGAGAGCAGCCGAAGCAGCUUUCUGCGCCACGAUCCGUGCCCAUCCCACUGCCCGGGCCAGCGCAGGGACCGCUGCUGUAGCUUCCCCAGGCUGAGAGGAGUUUGCUAUCACGGCAUGUCACCUCAGAAGCAGAAGAUGGGCCAUUUCUCAAAAAUUCCUGUACUUUCCCCUUUUGUGAGCUUCUGACCUGCAAAAGAAAGUUUUGGGGUUUACCAUCUCCACUUUAGCCUCCAAAAAAAAACCCACCAGAAAAGGACAGACUCAUUCGACAAGAAUGCCCUGAAAUGGUCUGAAGAGGGUGGGAACGGGGAUCCUGAGUGAGAUUCCUGGUAAAUAAGGAGCCUCACUUUAACUUUUAUUAGCUUUUUUUAAUAGAAGUGGAGGGGUGUUGCCGUACAAUGUUGCAAUCCUUUGGGCUAUAAAUCCCUUUGCUCUAGAAAAACACUUUUUAUAGCACUUACCAGUACCUGAAAUUUGCAAACAGGCUACAAUAAUUAUAAUGAACGUACCUGCAAUUAUACUGCUCGAAGAGACAAAACUGAGAGAUGGGCGAGGGAAGGUUUGACCGGAGAAACUCAUCACGCCGAUGCUGUGGUUGCGCAUCCCAGUUCUCUUGCUCCCCUCGUUCUCCUGCUCCUUUCCAAAAGGCAGCCGUUACCUCUGGAGCCCAAGCAGAAAGGGUCACACAUGAGCCACCACCUUCAUGUGAGCCUGAAACGUUCGGCACUGAAGCAGCAAUUCGGAGAUUCUAGGAUUAUUUUUUUGUGAAUGAAACAAGUGUUAAUGAUAGAAGGGUCAGCUGAGAGUUAACUCUGGACCUGGGGGCUGCUGCAGCCAGGGGGGCAGCAGAGCCUGUAGGGUUGCUUGCUGUGACCUCUGGGGUGCAACCACAAGGAGAAGUUUCACAGAAGAAAUUUAGCAGCGUUACAUGGGUCUCCAGCAGACAAGGAAAGAGAAGCUGAUUUGGGGAGUCCAGGGCCACAGGCGUAUUUUUAGGUUGCAUAAAAAAAAGUCUUUUUUUUUUUUUAAAAUUACUCAUUAUUUAGUGAAGAAAAAUCGAUAGCUUCACAGCCGAGCACAAGUUUGUUUGUUGACCAUCACAUCUUUGCUGUCGGUGUCUCUAAUAGUUGCAGAAGUUCACUUUGUGCUUACUUCCAUCUCUAAUCUUUGAAUAAACGUUUUCUAUGUCCCGUA